AUGGCAGUAGAGAGAUUAGUAUUCUACCUACAUUUAGAAAUGGAUGGUGGUGUGUAUAUGGAGAUGGAAGAUGCUUCCCUGGUGGAUGCGAGGAGCGAAUGUUACCCUUUGAUAAACCCCUUCUGGCACGAGAAUGCAAACAUCACCGAUUCACACAGAAAGCUUUUGUACAUGCACGGAACAUUUGUCAUCCUGAUGCCUCUCAGCCUGAUAUUGAUGAUUUUUGGAGGAAUGACUGGAUUCAUCAGUGUUCUUGCCAGGGCCUACCUACUGCUUCUAAUGACAGGACUGCUUUUUCUUUUUGGAGCUCUUGUUACACUUACUGGGAUCAGUGUCUAUAUUGCAUAUUCAGCUGCUGCCUUCGAAGAAGCUCUCUGCCUCCUGAGGAGGAAGGAUCUUCUGGUAGAAGUUGACAUCAGGUUUGGCUGGUCGCUGGCACUAGUUUGGGUCUCCUUUGUCACAGAAGUGCUCACCGGGGCUGUGUUUCUCCUGGCAGCAAGAGCUGUGGGUGCGAAGCGGCGACGUGAGCAGGCGUUAUGAUCAACAGAUAUCACUGCAACAACAGAACCCUGCCGAGCCCAGAAAUGGGGAUUGCUUGGUCCAUCUGGUCAGUAGGGGUAAUAAAAGUGGCAAGGCUCUGACUGAGUAUCUUCUCAGCUGCCGUAAACCCUUUCCCUCAUAGUUAGCUAUAAAACACAAAGAUUCUGAUAAAUCGGUAAAACAUUUCAUGUGUUGUCAGUAAGGAAUCCCUUCUGAUUUUAGAAGAAAGUACUGCAGUGUUAGUGUUUCCCAAAUAAUUUCAGCUGGCAUCUCAUAAGACAUCUCCAUUUGUUGUUUAGAACAAGGCAGUUUUCUUGCUUUCUUUUCUCCUUUCUGCUGUUCCAGCAAAGUGCCUUGGAGUACCCUGCAGGCCAGUAUGCACAGUCCACUUUGGUUUCUCCUCUGAGACUCCUGCUAAGGAUGCCUGGGAUUCCAGUCAUGCUGGCAGCCUCUACCAGCGGCGCUGCUCCGGUAGGAGGUAGGCAGUGUGACCUUCCUGCUGCCUUGGAGCACCGUAGGGAUGGAUGAUGUCUAUACACCUGAAUCCAGGGAGAGACUAUGAGGUGUAAAUAUCCUCAGUUAAUAGUGCAUACUUAUGGUUUUGUUGCACAGGGUGAAGUAGAAAAUAAAGAUCCAGACUAGGAAGAACUUCAGAGUGUUUGGAGAACUUCAGUGAUAAUUCCCAACACUAGGGCAGAGCUAGGAUAUCUGAGUGAGGUGAAUUAAUCUUUACCGUGGUGUACACUUUCGCUAUAGGAUCUUUCUUUCCCUCAUGUCUCCCCAAAGAGUCCCAUCCUCUCUCCUGUACCACAAUCACACUAUUUCUUUGUGACAACACAGGAAAAUGGGAUGAUUUGAGAAACCAGAGAAGCCCAGAAGCCUAAUUCAUGUCAGCUAUAUAUAAUGUCUAAGGAGAGACAUGGCAUCAUGUUUUCUUUCCUAAUUUUCUAAACAUGUGCUUUGGUACUGUGUUAAAAUGAAAAGAUAUAGGGCAUAGAUACUGUGAAUGACUUGAUUUUAGUUCUCUGGCAGACAGCAGUGACUACGAUGGUGAAGUGUGGUGCAGUGGUGAGUGUAGUGCAAGAGAAAGAUACAGCUGCUUUUCCAGAUGUUUUAACUAGCUACUGUAGCCAGCCCCACUCUAUCAGAUGCUCAGGCUACAUACUUACCUCUUUCAGGUUGUUAAUAGCUGCUUUUUCAGUUCUGUAAUGCAGAAGAUUUAUCUGUUGCAUUUCAAUUCUGUAGUGCAGAAAGUGUAUCUGAUGCAUUUCACAGUUUUUGCAUAGCAAUUUUGAUGGUGCUUCCUUUUCAUGAAAUUUGUGCAAAUGCUUUGUGAUAGAAUAUGUUUAACUUGUGCUGAAAACUGCUGAGUAAAACUGAACAGACAGAAUACCUGAAUUUCAUCUUAGGUGCCAAGAAAUCUAGUUUUUCUUUAUUAGUUUUUCCUCUGGGUUUAACAGAAAAAUUACUUCAGUGCCCACUGAAGUUAAUGAAGAAAUUUUCCCCUGACUGCUGUGGCUUUGAAUUAAGAUGUGAAUGUGUUAACAGCUCUACUACAUUUCUGUUAGAUCAUGAGUUUCUGGAGGACUUCAGCAUAUUACAGUUCAAGACUGACUCAGGAGCUGUGUCAGCAAGGCACACUGAGUUGUUGGGCAAGUCCCUUGUACUUUCUCCAGCAGUGCAAAGGGCAUCAUUUACCUACCUCUGUUAAAUAUCAGAACAAUUUUAUCAUUGUGUCUUGUGCUAAAGAUUGCACAUUUACUCUUACUGAGCUCAGCUCUAAUCUUAGUCCCACACUACCAAUUACUUUACAAAAAAUAGUGUCAGGGAGCUUCCGAGAGCUUACAGUCUUUGGAGAUAGAGGGAAACAUUAUUACUACCAUGCUGUGAAUGGAGAACUGAGGCAGAAAUCUGCCCAAGGUCACAGGAAACCAGUUUCUGAAUCCCCGUCUAAGACCUUAGUUGGCAGACCUUGCUUGUUAUCAGAAUGAAAUAAGGCUAGAAAUCCUGAAUAGACUGAGCACUAGAAUUUCUGUGAAUAGCCAGUACAAUCUGCUAAUUCUCAUCUGCUCCCACAUUGGUUUUCACGUAUUUUUUCAUGUUGGGACUAUGUAAUUGAGUUAUUUUCCAAGUUGAAGCAUACCAAAUCAGCUCUAUAACAAGAGUAAGAAAUAAAUCCUUUGUAGCCAAAAUUCCAUGUGCUUAAGUGAAUAUGUAAAAUGUAAUAUUUCUAUGGUUUGGUGCUGGUGAAGCUAUUUAUAAAACAAUUUGUAUGAUGUUACUCAGACAUUACUGUAAACUGUAACAGUAAAAUAUAAUCUGAGUUAUUUUUUGAAUAUUUAUCACAGAUGUUAUUUUACAGUGGUUUUGAAUGUUGUAAAAUUAAAUAAAAUGACAUCUCAGAGCUGGGGAUUAUUUAUCAAGACAGGGAAGCACUAAGAUAUAUAUUUUUAUUUAACUUUUUCUGCAGAUCUGUUCUACAGUUAUAUGAUGCUUUUGAAGUGCCUGUGUCACGUGGUAGGUAUUUAUAAGAUACUUCUGCAGCUACAAUAUAAAAUACUCAAGUGAUCAAACCUAAUUAGAAAGCCAAUGAAUCUGUUACUGAAUUAGAGCAGUUCUCAUUUCAAUAGCUUUCCUGAAUUUCUCAUUCUGUCUUUCUGCAAUAUCUGGCACAAUGGUAAUAAAGAGUAUCUU